CGCCCUCGCAAUAAGGGGCGCGGGCGCGCGGGGAGCGCCGGCGGCCGUCGGGGCUGGGCUCGGGCGGCGGCGCGGCGGGCCAUGGAGCUGUGGCCGUGGCUGACGGCGGCGCUGCUGCUGCUGCUGCUGGUGGUGCAGCUGAGCCGCACGGCCAGGUUCUACGCCAAGAUCAGCCUCUACUGCGCGCUCUGCCUGUCCGUCUCUGCCGUGGCCUCGGUCGUCUGCCUGCUGCGCCACGGCGGCCGCACCGUGGAGAACAUGAGCAUCAUUAGCUGGUUCGUGCGGUCCUUCAAGUAUGUCUACGGCCUUCGCUUUGAUGUCAAGGGCCGGGAGAAGCUGGAGGUGGACCGGCCCUGUGUCAUCAUCUCCAACCACCAGAGCAUCCUGGACAUGAUGGGCCUCAUGGAGAUCCUCCCCAGGCGCUGUGUGCAGAUUGCCAAGCGGGAGCUGAUGUUCCUGGGGCCGGUGGGCCUGGUCAUGUACCUUGGGGGUGUCUUCUUCAUCAACCGGCAGCGCUCCAGCACGGCGCUGACCAUGAUGGCCGACUUGGGCGAGCGCAUGGUCCAGGAGAACCUCAAAGUGUGGAUCUACCCUGAGGGCACGCGCAAUGACAAUGGGGACCUGCUGCCCUUCAAGAAAGGUGCCUUCCACCUGGCCGUCCAGGCCCAGGUGCCUGUGGUUCCAGUGGUCUACUCCUCCUUCUCCUCCUUCUACAACCUCAAGACCAAGCUCUUCACCUCCGGAACGGUCAAGGUGCAGGUGCUGGAUGCGGUCCCGACCAGCGGCCUUACCGUGGCCGACGUGCCCAAGCUCGUGGAUACCUGCCACCACGCCAUGAGGAGCACCUUUUUCCACUUGUCCAGGACUCCCCAAGAGAAUGGGGUGGCUGAGGGGCCUGGUGUCCAGCCAGCCCAGUAGCCCCAGCCAUGGUGUGGGGGACCUGGGGCGGGGCAGGUGGGAGGCAGAAAGCUAGGAAUGGACAGAGGGACACCCCCUCCCAGGCUGCCAAAUAUCACCGUGUCUGGCUCCCUGGCUCCCUGGCUCUCACUGGGACCCUAGAAGCAGGAAGCCCUUUCUGUCAUUGGCCUCCAAUGAAGGCCCCUGAUAUCUCCUCCAGGAGUCAGAUGGACCCUCCCAGUCCUGGGGGCAGGGACCUCACCCCAUGCCUGUGCCUCCAGGAUCUGGUAUGUGGCCUCAGGCGGGCUGAGCCCCAAGGCCAUGGGGGAGACUGGGAGCCCCUGGGGUGUCAGAGCUGAGGCCAUGCCCCUGCCCUGGCCCCAGGCUCCCUGGUAUGCCUGCAGGGCUCACAGGGCACAGAGUCAGGACCAGGGGUCCAGGCCAUGGCCUGCAUCAGGCCUGCAGGGGGAGAAGGGGCUGCUGCCUGGGCCACAGGGAGCUGGAGGGCAGGGUCUGCAGCUCCCACCAGCUUCAAGGACAUUUGUGGGUUAGUGUUGUGCUCAGUCCUUUUUUAUAAAUGAACUCUUGAAAGUAA